UGCUCCCGCCUGCAAAGCACAGGGUGUUUUCUUGCACUGCUGUGUGCCUUGUUAGGCCGCAGUGUGCUCUGGUUGUGUUCUGGCCUGCAAUUGCAACCAACCCCGCUGUCUUGCGCCGCCACAAUGAUGUCCAGAGCCCUGCUAUCCUGCUUCUACUCGUUCAGAAGAACACUGGCUACCAACGCCGCCAACGGGAAGGUCGGCGGCGGCUGCAGCAGCAGCCCGGCAGAGGUGCUGAACCUGGCCUUGACGACAAAGACACCCAUCACCAGCUGGACACGGGACCAGGUCGCAGCGCUGUUCGGCAUGCCGCUCAACGACCUCAUGUUCUACGCACAGGUCCAGCACCGCCAGUACCACAACCCGGCAGAGGUGCAGCUGUGCACGCUCCUGUCGAUCAAGACGGGCGGGUGCACGGAGGACUGCAAGUACUGCUCGCAGUCGAGCCACAACGACACGGGGCUCAAGGCGACGAAGCUGCUGGACCUCGACACGGUGUACGAAAAGGCCAAGGUCGCCAAGCAGAACAACUCGACGAGGUUCUGCAUGGGCUCCGCGUGGAGAGACAUGAAGGGCCGCAAGAGCGCCCUGCGUAAGAUCGCCGACAUGGUCAGGAAGAUCAACACGGAGCUCCAGAUGGAGACGUGCGUCACCCUCGGCAUGAUCAACGAGGAGCAGGCAAAGACCCUCAAGGACGCCGGCUUGACCGCCUACAACCACAACAUCGACACGUCCCGGUCCCACUACAAGAACGUCAUCUCCACCCGGUCCUACGACGACCGCCUCCAGACAAUCCAGAACGUCAACGACUCCGGCAUCAAGGCCUGCACGGGCGGCAUCCUCGGCAUGGGCGAGACCGUCGACGACCACAUCGACUUCGUCCACACCCUCGCCACCAUGAACAAGCACCCGGAGAGCUUGCCCAUCAACAAGUUGAUUGCCAUCAAGGGCACCCCGAUCGAGCAGGAGCUGAAGACCAAGUACAAAGACCGCAAGCUCGGCCUGGACAACAUCCUCCGCGUCAUCUCCACCGCACGCUUGUUGAUGCCGGAAAGCAUCAUCCGUUUGGCUGCCGGCAGGUACACUAUGAAGGAACACGAGCAGCUGCUCUGUUUCAACGCCGGCGUCAACGCCAUCUUCACCGGCGAAAAAAUGCUUACCACGAUGUGCACAGGCUGGGACGAGGAUAUUGCUAUGCUCAAGAAAUGGGGCUACGUUCCAAUGGAGGCGUUCAAAAAGACCGCUCCUCGUGAGAAGCUGAACGUCACCAUUGGCGCAAAUAACGAAAGAUCUGUCUCCGUGAUCACUGGCGGCAAUCUGGAAUUACCUGAUGACAAGAACAGCGUCAAGGAGCUAUCUUUAUAGGUUUUCUUUCGUCGUAUGAGCAUUGAAAGCUUUUUCACCCCUUUCACUCCCCAGGGUCCCCUCUCCACUUAUGUCUUUUAUAUGCUAUAUAUUUUAU